AUGACUGAUAUAACAAAAAUCUUUCGUGCUAUUAUUAAAGCACAACAAGCUUCUAAUCGUGAUUUGAAUAGAUCUCCAAGGACACCCUCAAGAUGGUCAACAGGAUUUUUAUCACGUGCAAAAACUAUUCUUAAUGAUAUUAUAAAAUUAAAAUAUCUUUUACUUGAAUCUCGUACAAAUUAUUUAAGUCCAUUUUAUCUUUUAUCAACAACAAAUAAAAUAAUGAAUGAUGAACAACGUCUAGAAUUUGAACGUAAUAUUGAAAAACAAAUAAUACGUUGUCGAGAUGAUUUAGAACAAUUAAAAUCAUCUAUUGGAUUAAUUUGUUUUGAAGGACAACGACGUUCUCAUUGUGAAUUAGUUUAUGCUUAUUUAGAACGUGAUCUUGUUCAAUGUACAAAAAUUUAUAGUGAACAAAAAUGUUUACGUUAUAAACGUGAAACUGAAAGAAAAAAAAUUGGACGACUUGAUAAUGAUGUAUAUCGUACUAUUUUAAAUUUUGAAAGAAAAAAUACUCGAAAGCUAACUGAAACAUCGACAGAGAAUGUUACUACUACUGAAAAUAGUCCAAGUACUAUGGUGACUGUUCCAACUUCUUAUGAUCAUUAUAAUCAUAAUGAAAAUGAUGAAGAAAUUCAAAUUCCAUCACCAGUACCAACUGGUAGUGAACUUCGUCAAUUACAAAUUGAAAAUGAUCAAUUAUAUCAUGAUGUUGCUCAACGUAGUGAAGAAAUUCAUGCAAUAUCAACACAAGUUGUCGAAAUAGCUCAGUUACAGAAUGAACUAUUUGAUAAUAUAUUUGGUCAAAAAGAUCUUAUUGAACAAGUAGAUAAUGCAGCUGUAGUUACUAAUGAUGAUUUAGCUGCAGCUAUUAUACAUAUUCGUGAUGCUGUACGAAAUACAGCACAAAUGCGUCAUUGGGUGAUAUUCUUUUUACUUGUUAUGAUUUUUUCACUUCUCUUUCUCGAUUGGUAUAAUAUGUCCGAUACGAGUACGAGUGAUAGUGAUGUUGAAGAUAAUAUAGAAGAAGAAUCAUUACCAAUAUCAUUUCAUGUAAAUAUAAUUCAUGGUCUUAAAAGUGUAUCAUGUUUAACAUUAGAUACAAAUGGUAUUCGAAUGAUUACUGGUGGACAUGAUGAAAAUAUGAAAAUGUUCGAUUUUUCAUCGAUGGAUAAAAAUUUUCAACCAUUUCGAACUAUUCAACCAUGUCGUGGACGAUUAUUACGAGCUAUUGAAUAUAGUCCUAAUAAUGAUAUGAUACUUGUUAUACCAGGAGAUUGUCAAGCAAUUGUGGUCAAUCGAGAAGCUUCGGGAAAACAUAUUAUCUACAAAAGUGUACUUGGUGAUAUGUAUGUAACUGAUAUGAAUCGUACAAAAGGUCAUAAAUCAUUAUUAAAUUAUGGUUGUUGGAAUCCAUCAUUAAAUUCUCAAGAAUUUAUGACUUGUGCUGAUGAUUGUACAAUACGUCUUUGGUCAUUGAAUAAACGUGAUCAACAAUUACAUGUUAUAAGAACAAAAGGUGAAUCGGGUCGUGAUGUUCGAACAACAACUUGUACAUAUAAUCAAUCAUUGUAUCAUAAUGAAAAUUCUAAUUUAAUUACUGCUGGUUGUGAUAAUGGUAGUAUACUUGUAUGGGAUCGUCGUCGAUCAUUUGUUCAUGUUACAUUUAAAUGUUCAAAUGCACAUUUACAAGAUGAAGCUAUAACAUCAUUAAAAUGGUCAUAUGAUAGUCAGAUAUUAGCAUCAAGAUCAAUGGAUCAUACACUUAAAUUAUGGGAUAUACGAAAAUUUAAUAAAUGUUUAUCAUCCUACGAAAAUAUUCCAAAUCAUUUUUCAAUGACUAAUAUAUCAUUUUCACCAAAUGAUAAAUUUUUAAUAACUGGUGUAUCAAAAUUAAAUAAUUCAAAUGAUAAUGAUACGAAUGGAAAAUUAAUAAUUUUUGAUCGUAAUGAUUUAUCAAAACCUGUAAAUGAAAUUUUAUUUAACGAUAGUGUUAUUCGAACAAUGUGGCAUCCAAAAUUAAAUCAAAUAUUUACAACAACAAAUAAUGGACUUAUACGAAUUUUUUAUGAUGAACAACGAUCACCAAUGGCUGGUGUUCGAUUAUGUCUUAAUCGGAAAGAAAAAAAAGAUAAAUCAGCUAAUGAUUUUAUUGCAAAUAUUAAUCCAAUUUUAACAUCAGCUAGUUCGUCAGAUUCUCUUAAUGAUACACGAGAAAUAUUUCCAGAUAAAAAAUCAUUAGAAGAAGAAAAAAAAUCUUCUUCAUUUCAUCAGCAUAUUGUUCAAACAUUAGUUAAAUCAAAUUUUAGUGAAAAAGAAGAUCCUAGAGUUGAAUUAUUAAAACAUGCUGACGAAGCUGAACGUAAUCCAAAAUGGAUUACACCAGCAUAUAAAUAUACACAACCUAAACCUAUAUUUCAGCAAGAAAUUGACGAAGAAGAUAACGAUGAUAUUCUACCAUUAUUAAAAAAACAAAAAAAAUAG